AGGCAUCAUGUGAGCGGGGCCGGGCCGGGGUGGGGAGGGGAGAGGAGAGGCGAUCUGUGCCCCGGCAGCAGCGAUGGGGACCGUGGAGCUGAGCGGGCUGGCUUUGGCUUUGCCUUUGGCCUUGGCCUUGGCCUUGGCCCUGGCACUACCCGCCGUGGCCCUGGAGAACGGGCUGGCGCUCACCCCCCCCAUGGGCUGGCUGGCGUGGGAGAGGUUCCGCUGCAACGUGGACUGCCGGGCGGAUCCCCGCAACUGCAUCAGCGAGACCCUCUUCUUCGAGAUGGCAGACCGCCUGGCCGAGGACGGUUGGAGGGAGCUGGGCUACGAGUACAUCAACAUCGAUGACUGCUGGUCUGCCAAGCAGCGGGACGCGGCAGGACGGCUGGUGCCCGACCCCGAGAGGUUCCCCCGGGGGAUUAAGGCUCUGGCUGAUUACGUCCAUGCCCGGGGCCUGAAGCUGGGCAUUUAUGGUGACCUGGGCACCCUCACCUGCGGGGGCUACCCGGGCACUACACUGGACCGUGUGGAGCAGGACGCGCAGACCUUUGCGGAGUGGGGUGUGGACAUGCUGAAGCUGGAUGGGUGCUACUCGUCAGGAGAGGAGCAGGCGGAGGGCUACCCAGAAAUGGCGAGGGCCUUGAACGCCACAGGCCGCCCCAUCGUCUACUCCUGCAGCUGGCCAGCGUAUCAGGGGGGGCUUCCCCCCAAGGUGAACUACACCAUCCUGGCAAAGGUCUGCAACCUGUGGCGUAACUAUGAUGACAUCCAGGACUCCUGGGACAGUGUACUUUCCAUCCUGGACUGGUUCUCUGCAAACCAGGACGUGCUGCAGCCGGCAGCUGGCCCCGGACACUGGAAUGACCCGGACAUGCUCGUCAUCGGAAACUUUGGCCUUAGCUAUGAGCAGUCACGCUCCCAAAUGGCCUUGUGGACAGUGAUGGCAGCUCCGCUCCUCAUGUCCACGGAUCUCCGCACCAUCUCCCCGAGCGCCAAGGAGAUCCUGCAGAACCGCCUGAUGAUCCAGAUCAACCAGGACCCCCUGGGAAUCCAGGGGCGCAGGAUUGUCAAGGAGAAAUCCCACAUCGAGGUGUUCCUGCGCCCACUGUUCCAGGCUGCCAGCGCCCUCGUCUUCUUCAGCCGGAGGACAGAUAUGCCCUUCCUCUACACCACCAGCCUGGCCAAGCUCCACUUCCCCGAGGAUGCCGUGUAUGAGGUACAAGACGUGUACAGUGGGAAGAUCAUCAGUGGCUUAAAGACGGGAGACAGCUUCUCAGUCGUUAUUAACCCCUCGGGGGUGGUGAUGUGGUAUCUCUACCCCACGGCACUCCCGACACAGCCCUGGCACGUUGUCAGACAGCAAGACCCCAGCAAGGGUUUCCACCCGGUCCUCCUGUGACAAGGCUCAGUGGAUGGGGGUGUGGGUCAGUGCCAGGGUGAGCCGAGAGACCCUGGGGCACGUGCCUCUUCACUGCACGAGUGCCUUUUGCUGGUGUGCCCAGCAGUGCUGGGAGCGACUGCUCCUCCCGUCCCAGCUUGAUGAUGUCGACUCAGUCUGCGUAAAGCAGGAAUUCUUGUCACCCACCUCCUAAGGGUGUGCGGAAGCCCAAUCCCUUGAUGAUUGCAAAGCCCUUUGAGAUUCUCCUGUGGAAGAUUCCGUACAAGCAGAGUCCAGCCACACUUGGAGUUUGUCAGCUCUGACACCCGAGCACCUCACUGCUUCGAGCUGGGUACCACGGACUGCUGCGCGUCCUGUUUGACCUGUAUGGAUGCUUUUGUAUCUUUUAGGGUAGUGGCUCCCCCACCCAUGUGUGAUGGGGUUAGCCUUAAGGAUCAGACCUGGUCACCUUCUUUCCUUUGCUAUAAUCAGCUUGGCUUAGUAUCAGGGGCUGUCACUAGGGCUGCAUCCUGCCCAUGUACUCUCCUGUUGUGGUUUAAACCUGUCUGGCAACUAAGCACCACGCAGCCACUUGCUCAUCCUGCCCAACCCUGGGGGAUGGGGGACAGAACUGGAGGGGUGAAGGUAAGGGGACUCUUAAAUUAAGAUAAAAACAAUAAUUGAAAUAAAAUAAUUAUUAUAAUAGUAA